ACUCGCACCUCCCGGCUUACGUUCUCGCUGAGCUUGGCUCGCCUCCCACCACCGCACCAAGAUGACUUUCUGCUACCAGAACCAGUGGGAAGAUUCCUGCUACUCCCCGUGCAGCUACCGCACCUGCGACUGGAGGAGCUGGGGGAGCCCCUGUGGUUACCGCGGCUCCUGGUGGCUGAGCGGCUGCCGGGACUGGUGCCCCUCCUCCAGCUCCCGCUGGUACUCCCCCUGGUCUACCUGCUACACCCGCCGCUACAGCGUGAGCAGCUGCUCCCCCUGCUCCUCCUGGUAAACACAGAAAGACUUCAUGGGAAAUGAGGACUGGGAAUUGAUGACUGGAUGCAUGGACUGUGCUACGAAGAUGGCUUGCAGAAGCUCCGAGUCCAGAAGAGCCACGCAAAGCAGUUCUGGGGAGCUCAGUGUUUCUGCUAAACUCCUUCAAUGUUCUUCCAAAACUCUGCUUUGUCUUCUUCCUUUCCUGCUGUCUCCUUUGCUCUGUGGGGGUUUGGUGGUGUAAGGGAAGCAGGGCAUAACUCAAGAGCGGACAACUCAUUUGUAGCUCUUUCAUUAAUGAGAUCUGGAGUGCUGUGCCCAAGUCUUCCUCUCGAUAUGUUUCUCACUUCACUGCUUUUGAAACUAUACCAAAGAGAAAGAGAAACAUCCGAUCUGAUUUGACUCACUGAACUCUCCAGAGUGGAACAGUUUGAAAAUGAUAGUCAGUGGCACCAGCCAAACAAGGUGAUUUUCUGCAUAAAUUCAUCUCUGUAUGUAUUCCUUCUGCUUCUACCUUCUCUGUCAUGUUGGAUUGUGACUGUGAGCUUUAUUCUUAUUAAAAUGUUGUAGCAUUA